CUGAGCCCUUGGCGGUAUUCAGGUCAGCCGGUGGCCUGCGCUGCCAUCCCCCCGCGAGCCCGCGCGUCCGUGCACGGCAGUGCCUGCGUCGACUUCUCCGAACGAGAACACGCAAUCCUGAUUCUCGUCACCAUGGCUCCUUUCUUGAGGAUUGCCUUUAACUCGUACGACUUGGGUAUCCUGCCCCCCCCGGACGACCCACCCUUCUGCGCAAUCAAGAUGAAGGAAGCUCUGACAACUGAGCGGGGUAAGACCCUGGUUCAGAGGAAGCCUACCAUGUACCCGGCCUGGAAAUCCAGUUUCGAUGCACACAUCUAUGAGGGUCGUGUGCUUGAGGUUCUGCUGAUGAAAACGGCAGAGGAGCCUCUGGCUGAAGUGUCGGUGGGUGUUUCUGUCCUUGCUGAGCGCUGCAAGAAGGCCAAUGGACGGGCCGAAUUCUGGGUGGAUCUCCAUCCCUCUGGGAAAGUGAUGAUGGCGGUGCAGUAUUUUCUGGAGGGUGUGGAUAAUGAAAGUAAACGGGCUUCGAAGGAGGAAGAGGCGCCAACCCUGAACCGCAGAAGGGGAGCUAUGAAACAGGCCAAGAUCCACUUCAUAAAGAACCACGAGUUCAUCGCCACGUUCUUCCGACAGCCCACCUUCUGCUCGGUGUGCAGAGAAUUUGUCUGGGGACUCAACAAGCAAGGCUAUAAAUGCAGACAAUGCAACGCAGCCAUCCACAAGAAAUGCAUUGACAAAAUCAUCGGCAGAUGUACCGGUACUGCAGCCAACAGCCGGGAUACUGUGUUCCAGAAGGAGCGGUUUAAGAUUGACAUGCCCCACCGUUUCAAGAUCCACAACUACAUGAGUCCCACCUUCUGUGACCACUGUGGGAGCCUGCUGUGGGGUCUGGUCAAACAGGGCCUGAAGUGUGAAGAUUGUGCCAUGAACGUUCAUCACAAGUGUCAAGCAAAAGUAGCCAACCUUUGUGGUAUCAAUCAGAAACUACUAGCCGAAGCACUAACACAAGUCAGCCAGAAAUCAUUCCCUCGCCGCUCAGAUGCAAAUACUGAUAUUGGAAUAUAUGAUGAAGUGAACCAACUGCCUGGGCUUGAUAUGAAUGAUGGGUCUCCUUAUGGCAGGCUGUGGGAAGGGUCCAGCCAGCCACAGUCUCGUAUUACCCAUUUGACGCGCAUCAACGUAGAGAACUUCAUCUUCCACAAGGUGUUAGGAAAAGGCAGCUUUGGCAAGGUUCUUCUGGCAGAGCUGAAGGGGCGUGGAGAGUACUUUGCAGUGAAGGCUCUUAAGAAAGAUGUUGUGCUGAUGGAUGACGAUGUGGAGUGCACAAUGAUAGAGAAACGAAUCUUGGCUUUAGCCUGGGAAAACCCCUUCCUCACUCACCUUUAUUCCACCUUCCAGUCAAAGGAGCAUCUGUUCUUUGUGAUGGAGUAUCUGAAUGGAGGUGAUCUGAUGUUUCAUAUUCAAGAAAAAGGGCGCUUUGAUCUCAACAGAGCCACGUUCUACUCUGCGGAGAUCGUUUGUGGUCUUCAGUUCUUGCAUUCCAAAGGGGUCAUCUACAGAGAUCUUAAGUUGGACAACGUGAUGCUGGAUCACGAGGGGCACAUAAAGAUUGCUGACUUUGGCAUGUGCAAGGAGAAUAUGUUUGAGGAAAUGCAUGCCACAACUUUCUGUGGUACCCCUGACUACAUCGCCCCAGAGAUCCUGCUGGGACAGAAAUACUCAUUCUCAGUUGACUGGUGGUCAUUUGGGGUGUUGCUGUACGAGAUGCUGAUUGGUCAGUCCCCUUUUCACGGAGAUAACGAGGAGGAGUUGUUUGAGUCGAUCCGCAUGGACACGCCUCACUACCCCCGCUGGAUCACUAAGGAGGCCGAAGACCUGCUUGAGCAGUUGUUUGAGAGAGACCCCACUCGCAGGUUAGGAGUUGUGGGAAAUAUCAAGUUGCACCCCUUCUUCAAAUCCAUUGACUGGAAGGCCUUGGAGAGGAGAGAGAUUGAGCCCCCCUUCAAACCCAAAGUGAAAGCACCAAACGACUGCAGUAACUUUGAUCGGGAGUUCCUCAUUGAGAAGCCGCGGCUGUCCCACGGCGAUAAGAGGUUCAUAGAUUCCAUUGACCAAGACGUAUUUGCUGGGUUUUCCUUCAUGAACCCUGAGAUGGAGCACCUUUUAGAAAAGUAACUGCUGUAACACCAGUCUCACUCAGGAGACCUUCCUGAUAUUUAUGGGAUGGCUCACAUACCUGCAGAAUAAUCAACUGUUCUUCAGUCAGUAUUUGUGUAACCUUAUUUUAGGCACAAAGUUUUCUCCUUUGGUACGUAGAUGUAGAAACAAGCCCCUGUACUGUAUAUAUUAGUGUAAUUGUGUUUGUGCGCAGUUGUGUUUGUGGAGGUCGUUAAAGUCUGUAUGAGUUAUAGUAUUAUGGUGGGAUCCUGGAAAUCUUUAUUCAACAUGACAUCACUGCAGCCAUUUACAGACUUUUUUGUCCCUUUAACAAGUUGUUUAGUUCUCUUUGAGGUGGAAAAUCACGAUGGGGAAAAAGCUAUUAACAUACUGUAGUGUGUAAAAUAAACUAUACUUCUGGGGUAUAUUGAUCAUGUAAAUGACUGCAUGUAUAUAAUUUAGAACAAAAGUGACUUGUCCAUUUUUAAAGUAUCGAUAAAUUAUUGAUUUCAUCCACAGAAUCAUCUGAAUUCUUGCAUUUGACGGGAUAAAUAAGAAAUGUACUUGUACUAAGAAGAUCUGGUAGUAUUGUUAGCUGAACAAACUUCUUUAAACAUCUACAGCUGUGUUCAGCUGUAUAGAAAGUUCCUGUCAUUAAACAGGAAUACUGAGUGUAGCAGGGGAAUUUAGUAUUGCUAAGAGUGUAUUAACUGAGUGGAAUAUUUUUGAAAAGCUGUAUAUAAACAUUGUAGAUGUAUAUUAUUGUAACAUGUAUAUUGGUUCAUUGAAGGUGUACUUUUAUGUUGUUUUUUUAAACUGUCUCCAUAUUUUACAUCUGAUUAAAAAAAAGAGCAUCAAAUCCCAA